GCUAUCUGGCGCAAACCUUUGCUGGCAGAAGUUUGCAACACGCACGCAGAUGUCAGUAGCGGAGUUUCUCAAUCUGUCACUUUAGCUAGGUGGAGUACAUUUGAUGGAGGAAGGAAAAAAUUGGACACAGCACACUCUGACUUUUUGACCACUGGUGUCAACCGACUUCCGAUGAAUGCUUCAGGCGAUAUCGUAUCUUUAUCACUUCUUAACCGUUACACUUGCUAGUCAUUCUGGUUUUAUUUGACAGCCGUGAAACAACACCCAUGAGCCCGUGUCAGAAGUUACCAUGCUAAACAACGUUAGCUGCUGCUGCUACUUCUUCACGUAGCUAUGCUUUCUCAGCCCGACUCGAAGACUCCUAAAAAACGACCCGUCAUUUAACAGCAGCGACUAUUUAUUUGCACGAAUUGCAAACUGAACCUGGAUUUGUUGUGCUUCUUUUUUUCCGUGUGUGAGUUUUCCGUUGUUUGAAAACGAAGCUAUCAAUCUGUCACAGCAAUGGGACUACACCCGCUGGAAUUUAGUGAGUGCUAUCUGGACAGCCCGAGCUUCAGGGACAAAAUAAAGUCACACGAAGCAGAGCUGGACAAAACUAACAGGUUUAUCAAAGAGCUGUACAAAGAUGGGAAGAACCUCAUCAAUGCAACCAAGCAGCUUGGGAUGGCACAGCGCAAGUUCGCCCAGUGCCUGGGAGAGUUUCAGUUUGAGUACAUUGGCGAUGCAAAGACCUAUGAUGAGAAAUGUAUCGAUGAGUCUUUGCAAGAGUUCUCAGCAUUCCUCAAAAACCUUGAAGACCAAAGAGAGCUGAUGAUGAGGAACAUCACAGAAACCUUAAUGAAACCUCUGGAGAAGUUCAGGAAAGAGCAGCUUGGUGCAUUAAGGGCGGAAAGAAAGAGAUAUGAAAAGGAAACAGAGAAAUACUACAGUUCUUUGGAAAAGCUUCUAAAUAUGUCAUCAAAGAAGAAAGAGCCACAACUGCAAGAGGCAGACACGCAGGUGGAAAUCAUGAGGAGGCACUUUCAGGAGGAGUCGCUGGACUACGUGUGCAAACUGCAGGAGAUCCAAGAGAGAAAGAAGUUUGAGUGUGUGGAACCGAUGCUGGCCUUCUUUCAGACAGUCUUCACCUUUUAUCACCAGGGCUUUGAGCUCGCCAAGGACUUUGACCAUUAUAAAACAGAGCUGCAGAUUAAUAUUCAAAAUACAAGGAAUCGAUUUGAGGGCACUCGGUCGGAAGUAAACGAGCUGAUGAAGAGGAUCAGAGAGGCACCGCAAGAGUACAGACAGACGAGUCCCAUCAGUUUUGAAGGCUACCUCUAUGUACAAGAAAAACGGCCACCUCCUUUUGGUUCAAGUUGGGUCAAGCGUUACUGCACAUUUGUUAAAGAGCAAAAGAUCCUGCACAUGGUGACUUUUGACCACCGAUCAGGAGGAAAGAUUGGGGAAACGGAGUCCAUCACACUCAAAUCCUGUGUCCGGAAAACGACAGAUGUGUUGGACCGGAGGUUCUGUUUAGACCUCGAUAUAACAGAUCGGCCAGGAACGGUGCUUACAGUGCAGGCUCUGUCUGAGGAUGACCACAAGUUUUGGAUGCAAGCCAUGGGUGGGAAGGAGCCUGUUGGACAUUAUCUUAUGAGGACUUAUUCUAAAGAACGUGGAAUCGACGCUCAGUUGGAUGAUGUUGGUUUCAGUUUUGUGAAGAAUUCCAUCAGUGCAAUAGAGAAAAGAGGCAUUAAUGACCAAGGCCUGUAUAGGGUUGUGGGGGUAAGCUCCAAGGUCCAGAAGCUCCUCUCAUUAAUGAUUGAUGAGAAGAGCGACGAAGUGGAUUUGUCAGCCAGCGAAGACUGGGAUGUUAAGACAAUAACAAGUGCACUGAAGCUUUAUCUGAGGAGCCUUCCUGAGCCGCUGAUGACCUAUGAACUUUACAAAGAGUUCAUUAACCCCGCAAAGGGCGGUAGUCCCGAGUCUCGCAUCCAAGCCGUCCACUGCCUGGUCCACAAACUACCGGAGAGGAAUCGACAAGUCCUCGGGCUGCUUAUGAAGCAUCUGGCCAAUGUGGCGGCACACAGCAAGCAGAAUCUGAUGACCGUGGCCAACCUGGGCGUGGUGUUCGGACCCACAUUAAUGAGGCCACAGGAGGAGACUGUCGCCGCCAUCAUGGACCUUAAGUUCCAAAACAUUGUGGUGGAAAUCCUCAUUGAACACCAUGAAAAGAUCUUUACAGAUGCUCCCGAGUCAUGCCCUCUCUCACCUGCUGCCCCAGUGCUCUGUGCUCCCACGAGGCAGUCCAAGAAAAUGAGUCGACAGAAUCGGCCUUUGGCUGUCUACAAUCCGCAAGCCCUUGACAUUCAGAAUGUGUCAACAGUGGGAGACGGUUCCAGCCCAGCUCCAGAUGAGACAUCAAUGGGCAGCAAUGAAUCUGUAUCAUCGCAGUCAUCAUCAGCCUCAGCCUCAGAGGUGAAUAUGGAGAAGAGUGACCACGCCCCUCUUAAUGCCAGCCUCUCCUCAGGCAGCAACUCCGGAUCUGCCACAGCAGCAGCCUCCUGCUCUGCUCCUGGAUCGUCAGGAGAGCGUCAAACUGCUGCUACCAAAGCUACUUCUGACAAAGAAAGGCAAGAAGAAAGUGUCACCAGCAGGAAAGCCAGGGCAGUGUACCCAUGUGAGGCUGAGCACGACUCUGAGCUCUCCUUCCACGUCGGCGACAUAUUCAACGGUGUGACCCAGUCGAGGGAGCCGGGCUGGCUGGAGGGGGAGCUGGAGGGGAAGAGGGGCCUCAUCCCUGAAAACUAUGUGGAGAUGCUGUAGAACCAAAAAGAAAUAUUUAUGGACAUUUCAUCACGUUCGCCGAGGGAAGUAUGGGAAGAUGCACGUGCCUCGAUAGCCUCGUUCAAUCGAAGCCCUGAAUUUUCUCAAUCAGUAAUGACAACACCAUAUGAUGUUAUUGGUGCAUUUUUGUUUGUUUGUUUGUUGCUGGCAAGUAGACUUUACAAUGCAUUUGCAAGCAUGUUUAUGUGUUUGUUCAUUUUAGCCAAGUGUUCACCUUAUUUUUGACAAUUGUAAUUGCAAAAUGGGAUUGCACUUCCAGUGCUCUGCUGUAUAUGAAGAUGCUGUAGCCUCUAUCCAAGGAACUUAGCAGAACCAGAGGAGAAGCGUCUCUCUAAGCGCCCUCUGCCCUGUUAUACAUGGUAUCCAUGAGCUCAAAGUCAAAGGGUGAUCUUCAGAAACCACAAAGUAGAAUGACAGCACUCAAAACCACUGUAACAUUGACCCCCUCACAACCCGCCACAGCCCUUGACAUUGAUCCACGCAAAUUUGUUUGAGAUACCCUUUGUGCCUUCACAGUCAAAGCACCCGGUGUAAACAUGCGUACGGGUAUGUAUGAAAACGAUUGGGCGAACUUUUCAUUUAUACGCUUUUGCGAUGUUCUGUUCUUUUGAGAAUAGACAUGCAAAAGGAGGCACACUGCUGAUGUAAUUGUAUUUUGUGUAAUUGGCGCAUUGAUUGCACGUUUUGUUUUGUUCUUCUUUUUUUUUCUCAUUUUAAUUUACAGUGCCGUAUCGUUGCUGCCGAACUCUUUCAGAAACGCCUCUUAGCCACCCGAUGGAACCUGUUGGGUUAAACACUAACACCUGACAAUCAGCCGCAGUCGAUUUCGGCAGGUGAUCGAAACCAAGUGUUUUUCUUCUCAAAUCCUCCGUCUGGUUUGUUGUUUUUCGAGUUCAACAUUACUCAGGUUCUUCAGAGCAAAGGAAUGAGACACUCCCAGAAAGUCUGAAUUUUGACUUUUAUUAGUUCUUUAUUAACUUAUCGGAAAUGUGUGUUUUAUUGUGAACGAGACCACGAAAUGCAGUACUUUGAAAUAUUUGUACCGUUUCGCAUCCAUCGAGUGUACAAAGCCCUAAAGAGUUACAACCAAGUAUAUUUACUGCGCUAAGUAAUGGAUGGUUUUUUUAGGUUGUCAUUUAGAUUUGGUUUUAGCAUGUGCGCACACCAUAAUACAUUUUAUCCUUCAGCUGUUCAGCGAAACACUUUCAUUUGUCUGAGAGCUUUGGUUCAGCUGAUUGUUUGUGUUUGCAGCUGAGGUUACAAUAAUUUAAGACAAUGAUUUAUGACGUUUGUAAAGGUUCUUGGCUUUUCUCUCUCUCUUUUUUAAAAUUUACCUUUGGGUAACUUCUUGAUCAAUGUUAAACAAAUAAAGAUAUCUAUUUUUGUUCUUUCACUGCAUUGCAUAUUCUUGUCAUGAAAAAAUACGAUAAAUGAUUUAUUUAAUUUUUUUUUUUUUUUUUUACAAAUUAAGGUCUUUAACAGUUUCUUUAAUUAUUGGACUAAUCUCACAACAGCCUAUUAAACGACACACAUUUCAUGGCCGUAUUGUGCCGACUGAGAGUUAUAACGAAAGUUUGCCGUUUAGAUCUUUGUCUGGGAAAUGUGCAGCUUUAUUAAUGUGAAACGUGUGUGGUUUUUUUUGCUGAUUCAUCCAUUGUGUCACUGAAAAGGCUCCCAGUUUCCCACAGAGUCUAAGAAUAAAAUGAUGAAAUGCGGAUUCAUCCUGCAGCCACUUCACAUACACUGAACCCUGUGGUGUAAUGUAAUCCUUCCUCUUUAUAUUGACCUGUGCUGGGCCCCUCCGACUAAAAGCUACUUCCAAAAAAACUUUCCAUAAAGGGAUUAAAAAUAGAUGUUAAUCUUUUAUGGAGGAAAAACACACUAAUCCACCCUCCUCACCACUCCCUGAUCCAUUAACAUCUCAGCCUCACGCAUGUUAAUUCUUAGACUACAUCUGUGUAAUUAACACACCAAAUGGCCUCAAGACCCUGAGCUUCGGCCUCUGUUACAUAAUCACCAUCAGUGCACCCCCUGCUACACUCAGGCCUCCAGUGAACGGGCUGAUGCGCUGUUUAGCAGCGUAAACACAUGCAGGCUUUGUCCAUUUAAAGAAAGGUUUUUAGUGGUUUUAGUGGGUGACACAUGUCCACCAGCCCCCCUGAAGCAACUGUAACAUUAACAUUAUGAAAUGAGGCAUAGCUAAUGAGAUGGGUACAAUAGUCCCUCAACUACCACAACCGCCACCACCACUGCCACCCACUCCUAUGGCUCUUCAUCAUCUUCCCUCCAGCAGAAUACUGCUGAAUCAUAGACGUGCGCCCUGCCUGCCUCUCACACUCUUUGGACUGUCAGUCAGAAAGCAUGCCAUGCUGCAACGAUCUGCCUACCUAUCUCUCUCUCAGUAGUAUUUAGGCUCAUCUCUGCUCCCUGCUGCCUCAGCCAGUGAUUCACUGAGGCUCUAGUAGUUUCAAAAUCAAUUAAGCUCCAUUCAUUUAUUAGUUCUCGUCAUUGUGUGAAAUUGUUGAAUAGGAACAGCGUUGGGCUUUUCAUAUUUGAGGCUUGUUGAGCUGCCCUCCACAGCCACUUAAGAUUGAGGUCAGCCUACCUGUGCAUGCAUUAUUCAUUAGUGUGCAUCAGACUGGGGUGAUGUAUACAUCAGUGUCACCAUGUCGACUUACUUGAUGCGUGUGAGUAAAAAAAUCCAGAUAGAUGUGUUCAUUUCUCACAUCCCAGCCCCCCACCGGCUGUGUGCCAGCUGUCCUCUACCUCCCAUGACGCAGUGUCCUUCAGCCCCCAAAACACACACACACACCAUGCCGUGACUCAGCCCAGAUCAAAGCAGCGCAGCAGUUUACCUACAACCGUGAGAAAAUGGCACAACUGCCUUAAUACUUUCCUGUGUCUCCAUCACGCUUCACACUCGUAGACUCGGUGUAUUACCGGGGCUGAAAACUGAGUGGGAAUUUGGAGGAAAGUGAAUUUCAAACAUAAAGGAAAGAGUGUGUUUUCGUGUGUGUGCGGAAAGGGGGUGGGGGGGGGGACUCCUCAGCUGAGAAAGUGGGCCACAGAAGCCGCCAUGUGUGCGGGUGCAGCCGUGAAAUCAGCCUGAUCCAAUAGAUUCUGUUUAUCUGGCACGACUACAAGUGAAAGCAAUUGGAAAUCUGGGGGAGAUUUGGAGAGGGCUGUGGAUUCACAGAGAGAGAGAGAGAGGGAGGAGGAGGAAAAUGAGCAAAAAAAAAAAAAGUAAUACUGUCUGCUCUACAGUCUGGCAAAGCAGGCGUGUUUUCAGAUCAGCCUUUAACAAGGUUAAUGGUGAUUUUUCUCCACAGGCGUCGUUUUACUGUAAAAGGCUCACGCUUGCCCGCUGCCUUUUUGUCAUUAUUCACUCUUCCCUCUUUCUGUUUCUCUUCAUCUCCUCUCCUAGUGAAUGGCGUACCUGCUGAUGCUUCUCUCUGUUUUGUUUUCUUUACCUUAUUAAUGUCACCGCCCACCAAAUGCAGCUGUUUCAAAUACAUCCAUCAACUCUUAUAGUUUGGGGCAGGGGUAUCAAAUACAAGACCCAGGGGGGCAGAAUCGGUCCGGCACAGACCUUUUCCUCCUAAUAAAGAUCUUCCCCUUGAUCAUUUUUCAUUUUUUCUUCUUGUUGGUCCAGAGUAAAAAUGUAGUUUAAUCACAGGACAGGCAACUACAAGCCAGAGCUUUUUAUGUUAUGUUGCACAUUUAUUUACUUACAAUUUCAGUUCAACUAUAUAUUAACAGAAAGAGUGAAUUUCAAUGGUCCGGCCCACUUAAGAUCAAAGUGGGCUAUAUGCAUCCCGUGAUGUAAACGAGUUUUCUAGCUUCUUCUCAUUGGUACAGAUUUCAUCGCACACGCCUUUAAAACACACACACGCACACAGUUGCACACAACCCAUAAAUUACAACAAAUGCUUCAAUUUAAUGGUUUUUUUAUUAGAAUCUUGCAAUAGUUUGCAAACACAAGUAUGGCAAUAUCUGCAUCAAGAUAUACAGUAGUAACUGCUUUCGAAGAUGUUUUAUUGGUUUAUAGUGAGGGUUGUCUACUGUAUGUUUGCUGAGAAUUAUUAUACAAAGCAUCUGAGUAAAAAAGUCAAUUUUCAAAUUGGAAAAAGAAAGAAACUAAAAAAAAAAAGAAAAAAAAAUGUUGUAUAUAUUUAUAAGAAAAUGCACUGCCAUGGCUGUGGAGAUAUGGCUUAGUCUCUCUACACCCGAAUCAUUAUUGUGAACAGAGAAUGGUGAUGAUGGGACUCCACGUACAGUGACUCCACCAAAGUGUACUGUGACACUGCAGUUAGAAAGAAGAAAAAAAAACCAGACAAAUAUCCCGAGUUAUCCCGAGCCGACAGGGAGGGAGUUCAUUUAGGACAGCUUUGAAGAUAGAGCCGCUCCCCCAAGUACGGGGGUAAGGGUUGAUUUUAUUGUUUGCAGUGGGCGGUGAUUGAUGACCAUUAAGUAAACAAUACAUUAAUCUUGCUCCUCCGAAGCAUUGCCUCGACACUUGGGGGAAACACACUUACAGUCCCUUUUAGCGGAGAGUUAGGAGAUGAGAUGUUUUGAUACCGCUCUCAGUCGGCUGUUUUAGAAUUCAAUUUCCCCAAAAUUUACCAGACUGACUGUAGACACUCUCACAUCAGCCACAAUGCAACUCCACCACUGAUGGCGCCAAAGCCCUUCAACAAAUGCCUCCACACUUUGAUCCGGGCAGUUAUUUUGAAUUUGAAUGCUCACUGGGACAUUAAACCUCCAUAAGUGUUUAAAAUGAAUUGCAGAAUCUGCCCCUAAAUAACAUUUUAAAAAGGUUUUACCUCUAAAAAUGAUGCUUCUACCGUGACCUUUGCCGUUGUGCGAGUGCCAGGUCUGUCUCCUCUCCUAUUAUGCCAGCAGUGGCUCAUAUUCAAACACUGUGGUCUUGAGCCCCGCCUGACGGCGCCUCAAACGACACCAUUCCCUGCUAUUUCCUCUUGUUUCCAGUCUUUAUGUUCAGCCUAAGCAGAUUUCUGAUUUCAACACUGGAGUGACGCUCAUCUUCUUAUCUAACUCUCUGCAAGCAAGCGAACAAGUGCGUGUCCUACUAAACUAUAUCCAAAAGUAUUUAUCAAAAAAAUAGCCAGAUCAUAUAUCUGGAGGAUGAUAAAGGAGAUGGAGCUUGAUAACAUCAUCAUCUUUGCAUUUUUUGAUACUUUUAAUUUGAAGGUCCAGAAGAAAAAAAAAAAGGGGGGGGUCAUAAUUGAAAUUGGCUGGAUGGUCGGGUAAACCGCAGCUUCUCUCAGUGUGUGCACAAAGCCAAAAAUAAUGUUCUGUCACAUAGCCGCAGUUUCAAUAAUUUGUGACUUCUUGAUUUUUAUUGUGGUGCUCAUCAACAAUUACCGCCACGGAUUAGGAAAUCAUUUCAACAGCAACAACGAUCCAUCACUUCAUACAUCUCGUUACAAAAUAAAUCCUUUUUUAAAUCGUGUUUUUUUUUUUCUAUGAGUCGGGGAACAACAAUGCAAAAAGUAAAAAAAAGAAAAAAGAUGCAGAAUCAAAUAAUUUUACUUAAUAAGAAGAUAAUAAAUGUUCUCUCUCUAACAUUCAGGUAGUAAGUUCCAUAAGUCUCUCACGAUGUAUGAUACAUUCAUUUCUCUGUUUGGCCCUUUGCCUGGUGCCAACCCCUUUCUUGAAAUUCUCCUCUGUGAUCCGACACACAGGACAUGGCGAGUGGGAAACACACAUUAAUUUUUUUUUGUUUGUUUGUUUUUGUCUUUUUUUUUUCUCGAAUAUUCCAACAAGAUGGUUAAAGUAGAAAUGUUUUAUACUACACUCAACAUAAGGACUUGCUGUAUUAUUUACAAUAUAUACUGUAAAACUGUAAAUCAGGUGAGAUAAAAAGGCACAAGUUUCCCUUUUUUUCUUUUUAAAUACAAUGUAAACAUCUCAUCAAAAAGCAUGCAAUAACAUUUCAUUUUACAAAAAGGAUAUCGUUUUUAGACAAAGUACUUAAAUAUUGUUUUCCAGCAAAAUAUAAUUCUCUCAAAAAUACUUUCCCAUUCAUCCUAUGAACCUUUAGACAGUUUAUUUUUUUUAAAUUUUGAAUUCUUGAAAAGAAAAAAGAAAAGAAAAAAGACAAGAAGCAAAAUAAAGAAACAGUGACAGAUCAGCGUAAGGGCACGGCAAAGACGAAUCGGGUACUGCAUGAUAAUGACUGCGCAGGAGAAAUUAUUAUAACGUUUAUGGCAAAACACAAGAAUCCUAGCCUUCAUGAGUGAACCGGGCCCACACACACACCAACCUCUUUGUGAAUUACUGAAAAAGGAUUCGGAUUUGGGAAUGACAAAAAGUUCAAAUGCCCUGCUUUGCUUUCCUCUCCCCCAAAAAUACAGUAUCGAAUGACAGUCGUGAUCCCAACAAUGCCAACCUCCAAGCAGUUAUGUAAAUAAGUAAGUAAAAUCACCUUGACUGAUUUUACUUACUAUCUUUUUACACCAACGUCCAAGCAAUUAAUGACGUAAGUAAGUAACAGCCCUUUUCCACUAGUACCUGCUCAACUCGACUGACUCAAAUUUGGUUGUUUUCCAUUACAAUCGAGUACCAAAUACAGUACAGUAAGUCCCAGGACACAAACACAACACAACAAUGGAGGAUGAGCUACCUGCUGCUCGGUCUAGUUCUUUUUGUCAAACUCGAGGACCACAGUGUUGUUUGUUUGUGUAGCCAUUUUUCUCCUUGCUGAGUUUCAAAAAUUUUGGUGAAGGAGUCGCUGUCAUGACUUGUGGAAUGACGCCACUGGCUAGGCAAUCAGUGCCAUGUGGCCUGUUGAUGUAACAUUUUCGGUUAGCCUCAGAACAACCGCCGAGAAGGUACUAAAAAAAGAACCUGGUAGCAGGUACUACCACCUACUCGAAAACCCUUAAAAACCGGGUCAAGUCAAGCUGAGUAGGUACAAGUGCAAAAGGGCUAUAAGUAAGUAAAGUUACUUACCUACUUACUCUGUUAUGCCAACUUCAAAGCAAAUAACAACACAGGCGAGACCUCGGUUGAGCACGAGGCCACAAAUACAGCACGCGGCCACCCUGAUGUGGUAAUGAUGUCGUCUCUAACUUUAGGCCGGGGUGACCAUGCAGAACGUUUUGCUCCCCUCCCCCACCCCGCAUUAUCACAGUUGCUUAUCGAAACAGAGAAUUCCUACGAGCUGCACUGACGCCUCAUUUCACAUUGUAUCUUCUCUGUGCAAAAAAAUCUAAAUGUGGAAAUAGGAUAAUCCUAUAACAUUAAUGCAUAAUACCCACGCCGAAAGAGCAGAUCAUCUAUGCACAUGCUUGCCAGGAGGAAAAAACAAAACAAAAAAACGCACACGCACUCCAUACACACAUGUAAAUACACACUUACAGGGCACGAAAAAAAGAAUAGUAAUAUUCACACACCAACCCCCCACCCCCCCACCCUUCCCUCGCACACACGCGCACUCUUUUUCUUCCCCAGCGACUCUGUCGUUUUUCAGUAGCAUCAUAGUAGUGUUCCACAACCACCCGGAAACCAGUGGGGUGUGAGACGAGCUAAUGGUCCAGAUGACUGGGCCUCGCCAUGCUUUUAAAAUAGUAGCACUUGGCCCGAAGAUAGG